AUGAUUAGCCCUAAAUCAGAGAACGAAGUUGUUGCAAAAGCAAGUGUGCAUAGCAUUCAAAAAAAGGAAUCUCAGCAUACAUCAGACCUGGGGAAUGAUUUGAAAUCCAUUUAUAAUGGUGGCGAUUUCAGUGACAUAGAGGUUCGUACUUCAACAAAAAUUUUCCCUGCUCAUAAAAAUGUUUUAAGCUCCAGAUCUCCAGUGUUCAGAAUCAUGUUCAGCAACGAUAUGAAGGAGAGAAACAGUGGACAUGUAGACAUCGCCGAUUUAGAGGACGAUAUCGUAUACCGAAUGCUGUUGUACAUGUACACUGACUCACUGGAAGAUUUGCAGUUGGAAAAUGCAAUAAAAUUGUACGUGGCUGCGGAUAAAUAUGAGAUCCUGUCUCUAAGAAAUAGGUGUUCUUCUUUUUUGAGAGACAGUUUAUGUCUAAACAAAGCCUGUGACAUUUUAGUUCUCGCAGAUUUACACCACGACGACGAUUUAAAAAAUGCUGUGCAGGAUUAUAUACUGAAAUAUGAUAAAGAAGUCUUUGGCUCAAAGGAAUGGAAACAUAUCAUGGGUACUAAUCCUGUAUUAGCCGCGGAUACAAUGUAUCGAAAGUACUUUCCCGGCUAA